AUGCCCGCCUGCGGAAGGAAGGAUGAUUCAGAAGCGACUCCGAACUGGUGGGUGCUGCAUGAAGGACGCUACAUUGCCUCGCAGACGGAUGGAAGUCAAUUUUUUCGUCCCUGUACGCAGCGCGGGUCGUAUCAAGUGCUUGUGAACGUGACGGGAUUAGCGCCGUACGGUAGCUGUCCCUAUCGCGUGGGUUAUAAUCGUAAGGGCGCGGAGGAGUUCAGUGGCUGGCCGUUUCGUAAUAUGACCGCUCCGUCGCGUAUCAAGGUACAACAGCAGCGGCGUCGGUAUGUCGUCAUGAUAAAGUGGGAGAAGAGUAAGCUGGACAUUCACGUGAUGAACUACUGCCUGGCGGUCAGUACCGGGCGACGGCAGCGGACCCUCUGCCAGGCACUGGGCAACUCCAUCCAUCGGCCAGCGUGUGAUAGUAUCGCCGUGAACGAUUUCCUGCACCGGUUGACUCCGAGGGACGAGCGAAAAGUGGAUGCGCAAGUGGGGACGACGAUCGUCUGCACCGGCACCAGGACUCGUCAGCUGAUUCGCGGCAUGAAACCAAACGUUACCUACUUUGUGGACGUGUUUGCAAUACACUCGCAGCACAACAACCUCUCGUUCCUGCUCGGCUCGACCCAGGUCCAGCUCAACCGGACGCGUCCCACGCAGCUCGUCGAGGGAAAGGUGGUCGUGGGCAAGCUUUCCACGCUCGGUGGGCUGGCGCUGUUCAACUUUAAGGUCCCCAAGCGCUCGCCAAAUAGUUUCUUCAAGCUCCAUCUCACCCCUUGCGGCGGUUCGGUGAACGUGGAGAUUCUUAAGAAAAAGCACCGUAUCAUGGAACCGGUGCGGGAUGUGUACUACCCGAAGACGAUCGUCGUGCGGAAUGUGCGACCCGGUGAGCGAUAUCUGAUUCGGGUGUACGAGGCCGACGAUACGUCGCGCAUGAACCGGGUUCAGAUGGCCGUUACCUCACGGGACGACUUCAUCGAUCUGCCGCGGAUGCCAUCGAACACCACCAUCACCGAGCUCGUGCCGCUCCGGAAGUGCCAUUCCAGUACGAUCGCAUGGUUCGGCUCACCGGAAAAGGAUGUUACAUAUUGUGUGUACGUGUUUAAACUCUCCAAAACGCAGUACUACAACAAUGUGAAAAUUCCAACCUACUGCGAGCUGGAAAACCGGGACGUUUGCAACCAUCCACAGUUCCAUAACAAACAUUGCUUCAAUGGCAACGACUUUAAUCCACUCUCGCUGGACAUUCCGAACCUACUUCCGGAGCACUACUACUCGGUGUUCGUGACCGCCAUACCACCCCGAGGCCGCAGCUUGCCAUACAAAUCCGUCCGCAUCAAGACAUCCUCCCAUUGCGACAGUAAUCUCCUUUCGCCCGCGGGCGCUGCCUCCGGCAAGCUGAUUGUAAAGGGGGGCUUUCGCAAGCGGGGUGGUGGCCACAAGCGCCGGAACACAGCGAACGCAAACGCCGCCACCGCCGGGAACAGUCUAACCACGACGGGAGUCACGAAACGGACCAGCAACCGCAAGGGAUUGCAGCAACAGCAGCUCCAACAAUCACAUCGCAAUGUUUAA